CCGUCGCAAACAAAACACGUCAUAGAAUUAAACAAAAGUAAAAAAUCGCAAUUGAAAAUUAUCGAAAUCUAACUUUUUCAUUGAUACAAAAAAAAGUGUAAAUUUAAUUAGAUAGUAAUUUAUAGUCUAGUCCAUUCAAUGUACAAAUUAAUGAUUUAAAAUUAAAACUAGUUUAGAUAAAAUCAUUAAUAACGUGGAUCUACAAACGGAAACCGUGGGUGUGAAAUUAAAGUUUUAAAAUAUUGAAUUCUAUAGUUCAAUACCUACCAGGAAUCGUUAAGCAUGGCAUCGCUGGUUCCUGAAGAAGAGGAGAUGGGCAUAUUAGAACAGUACGCUAAGUACAAUCCCGUAACAUUUCUGUUCGAAUUCCUAGCUGCGUAUGGUUGGUAUGUGGUAGGAGCUAUUGGAUUGGCGGUGCUUGUCUACAAAAAGUUGAAGCCUGCAUUUGACAAAUACAACCUGAUUCAACAGGAUGCGGGCCAUCAUAAAGAUCCGGACCGGGAACUGUCCCGCAUGGAAGCAAUCCAACGAGCUAGAGAAAAACAACAGCAGCUAUUAGAGCAAGCAUCACAGCGAGCACUUGAAGCUCAAAAAGAGCGUGAAGAACGCAAGAGAGCAGAGAGGGCAGAAGCACUGGAGAAGUAUGGGGCAGCAGUCACCGGCAGGAAGCUUGGUGGCUCCGAUGACGGCUACCUUCCUCUCAGUGGAGGAGCUUCAGCCUCCACGUAUCGACCCCCGAAGAAAUCGAAAUGUUCCGGAGGAGGAUGCGGGAAAUAAACAUCAUAUCGUCCAACAUCACGUAGCCGAAGCGCAAGCAAACUACUUGUCGAAGUGAAUCAGAGGGGGAGGGGGGAAUAGUCACACUACAACCACUACUUCAUUGCCGUUUCGGUGCCGGGAGGGCUCACUAUAUAGAAUGGAUAUACAUUCGACGCUUGAAAGGCAAACGUGACUAAGCCACAAUAACUGCUUUGUACAUAAAUGAUAGGCAAUAACCAUAUUCGAUGCGCAAAAAA